AUGAAAUUUUUUUUUUCUUUUCAAUUCGUCAAUGGAAAUUUUGCAACAUACUAUCUAUCCGUGACGAAAGUAGUGUGUCACUCCAGCAUUACUCACAGACCUUUUUCUCGCGUGAUUCAUGGCAGAGAAAUCAUAAUCAUAAUCUAUUUCAAUCUGUUUCUAUCUAUCUAUCUAUCUAUCUAUCUAUCUAAGUCUGUUCAUUAUGCUACUCCAGUUUGUGUAGAGGCGUAUCCGUCUAUCUAUCUAUCUAUCUAUCUAUCUAUCUAUCUAUCUUCUGUCUCUCUUCCUGACUCUCUAUCUCUGUCUGUUUAUCUAUCUGUCGAUCUCAGUCUGAUCAUAUCUAUCUAUCUAUCUAUCUAUCUAUCUAUCUAUCUCAGACUGUUUCUAUCUAUCAAUCUCAACUUAUUUAAGAAUAUCUAUCUAUCUAUCUAUCUAUCUAUCUAUCAUUUAAUACAAAACUAUCUAUCUAUCUAUCUAUCUAUCUAUCUAUCUAUCUAUCUAUCUCAAACAACUAUCUAUCUAUCUAUCUAUCUAUCUAUCUAUCUAUCUCAAUCGGUUCAUCGAUCUAUUUUUAUAAAAAUACGGCAUCUAUUUAUCUAUCUAUCUAUCUAUCUAUCUAUCUAUCUAUCUAUCUAUCUAAAUCUGUUCAUGUCUAUCUAUAUAUGUGUAAAUGUAAAGAGACUGAAAAGCAUAUAA